GGGCGGGGAAAGGGAACGUGUUAGGGCCAGGGCUGGGCUCCACCUCCUCCCUCUGUCUCCCCGUCCCUCUUUCCUCUCUCCUUCCUCUUCUAGCUCAGGCUAAGCUCCCGCCAACCCCGCAGCCUCCACCACUCGCCCGGGCCCAGGCCAUGGCCAACGGGGAGCUGUCCCGGCGGAAAGAGCGCGUCCUCUGCCUGUUCGAUGUGGACGGGACCCUCACCCCGGCCCGCCAGAAAAUUGACCCCGAAGUGGCGGCCUUCCUUCAGGAGCUUCGAGGAAGGGUGAAGAUAGGAGUCGUGGGAGGCUCAGACUACUCCAAGAUUGCAGAACAGCUGGGCGAGGGGGAUGAAGUCAUAGAAAAGUUUGACUACGUCUUUGCGGAGAAUGGGACGGUGCAAUACAAAAAUGGCCGGCUGCUCUCCAAGCAGACCAUCCAGAACCACCUGGGAGAGGAGCUUCUGCAGGACCUCAUCAAUUUCUGUCUCAAUUACAUGGCCUUGUUGAAGCUACCUAAGAAGCGCGGGACCUUCAUCGAAUUCCGCAACGGGAUGCUGAACGUCUCCCCCAUCGGCCGGAGCUGCACCCUGGAGGAGAGGAUUGAAUUCUCAGAGCUGGACAAGAAAGAAAAGAUCCGGGAGAAAUUCGUGGAGGCCUUGAAGGCAGAGUUUGCUGGCAAAGGGCUGAGGUUCUCCCGAGGGGGCAUGAUCAGCUUUGAUGUCUUCCCUGAGGGAUGGGACAAGCGCUACUGCCUGGAUCGCCUGGACCAAGAGAGUUUCGACACCAUCCACUUCUUUGGGAACGAGACCAGCCCCGGGGGAAAUGACUACGAGAUCUAUGACGACCCCCGCACGGUGGGGCACAGUGUGGUCUCCCCCCAGGACACAGUGCAGAGAUGCCGGGAGCUCUUUUUCCCCGAGAGUGCUCACGAAGCAUGAGGCUGGUGUCCCCUGAGGGCUCAGGGACCAAGGAGUCUUCACCUGGGGACUGUUGAAACACCACCAGGACAUGUGAAGAGAGAGCCCCCGCUGGCUGUAGGGGUGGGGAGGGAGCCUUUCCCCUGCUCCCUGCUCCCCAUCUUUUCCCCCUUUCCCCUAGAGGAAGAGCAUCCCCUGCCUGCCUGCUGGAAAGGACUCAGAUUGAAGGCCUUGGGUUGGAAGGGGCCCAGCUAAGCUUUAUCAGGGUAGGAUGGACGGAUGGACGGAUGGAUGACUGAACAGACAGACAGAGAAUAUGAGUGAUGGCCCAAGUCGUCCCUCAGGGUAUCUGUAGUCUAGGUUACCCAAGUUUCCAUGCCCUCGCCCCCUAUAGUCACGGGUCCCCAGAGUGGGUGGGACAAUAGGCAUCCAAGAAGGGGCGGGUUUCUCUCUCCCCCCUUUUUUCCCCUCUCAGGUUUCUUUUGGGACCUGGAGAGCAUGUUGGGGAGGGGCAGAGUUGGGGAGGAGUGUAUCAGUAAGCAUUUAGGAAGUGCUGGCUAUGGACCGGGUCCCUCCCUCUUUUUGCUCCACCUUGGAUUAGGGACAAGAUGAAAUCUGCCCAGCUGCACCCCAUGGAUUACCCAGAAAGUUGGGGCUAACCUCAUCCUUGCAUGCCUAAGAGCUUAAAUCCUACCUCCCCCAGGAGGCAAACCCUAGAAGAAGAGAGAUUUGAUGCUCUGGUCACUCUGAUCCCUCCCCCAACCCCCAAAGUCAGUACCAGCACCCUGGCAUGCCAUUCAAUGAACACAUCUCAGUUGAGACACAGCUGUGGACCGGUGGGUAGCUUGGUUGCCUCCUCCCUCCACACCCCCAACCAGAAGGUGGGAGGGGAGAUCUGGAACCAUCCUAGGCCCGGUUUAGCCCUCCACCCCAUCCUCUCCCACACACAACAUGAUCUGUUUCCUCUGGGUCUUAAUCUGGCUGUGGGCUCUGACCUCUGACUUUUGUGCUAAAAUGAGCUGUCCAACAUUGCCUAGAAUUACCUAGAAUGUUUUUCUGUGCAGAAAAAAAAAAGAUUUUUAAGUUGAAAUGUGUUUAUAUGUGAGGAAAAAGCUUUGUUUAGAGGUGAAGAGCAUAGCUCUAGACAACAGAGUUUUAUUAUGGCACAAAUUCUAAAAAAUGACAAAAAUCCAUCUCUCCCUGAACCUUGUUUCCUUUCCACUAGAUGGAACCCAAAGGAAGAUGGGUCUUGAGUUCAAAGGAGCCCUAGAAACCUUAAUCCAGUCCAACUCCCUCUUUUUACAGAUGAAAAAAACAAAACCUGAGGGUCAGAGAGAUCCAAGGAUGCAACCAAAGUGAAGGGAGAUUGUCAGUAACAACUGUUAGGGGAGCAGAAUGAGAACCUCUCCCCCCAGAAACUGUUGCCAGGCUUGGGGAAGACCAUGGGGUGCCAAAGGGAAGAGGCUCCAGGAUCUCUCCUAAGUGCAGAAAAAGUCCUUGGAGCACCCUGGGAGAAGAGUGGGAUGGUCUCUGCCCUGAGCAGGGCAGGUAGGGAGAAUGCAGACAGCGACUGGGUUGGUGGGAGUUCGCCUUGUCCUGGGAUGGGUGAAGAUGACAGGCGGUUCUCUUCUUCCUAAGCACCUCCCUCCCCAACAUCUCCCCCUUUCUGUCUUCCAACAGCUUGAAGAAGCCAGCAGACAAAAGGCCACUCCUAAUGGUUUAUUGCCAGUGUUACAAAGAUGGACGCCAGGUCCUCUGGGUGGGAACCACACGGAAGUUUCAAAGACACACCAUGGUUUCUAGGGGGAUAAGAGAGAAGGGGCAGUAGAGAGAAGGGAGGUGCUGUCCUCCCUACACCCGAGGGGAGCAGAGGCUAGGCGAGGAGGGCGCUCCAAAGGGUGGGAGCCACCUCCUCUCUCCUGCUGGAUCAAGCUAGGCAGGGAGGAGCACCCAUGGGCCCAGAGGAGAGGGCGAGAAAGAGGCUUGCUACAGUCUAACCCUGUGAGUGACCUUGAGAACUCACGGGAAGGGGUGGCUAACCUACGUCUCCAUCCAUCGGACUCGAUGGGAAUUUCUGGGAUCCUUUCAACUGGGGCUGGGACCAGAGGAGGAUUUUCCGCUUCUGAAGUUCCCAGACAAGGAGGGGGCAGCCCACUGAUGCCCUGAUGGGAAAGGGGCAGCAGUCCCCGAAGGAAGAUGACAGCUCAGUGAGCGAGUGCUGGAGCAGGUCAGAGACCUGGUCUAUUUAAGAGCUGCAAGAUCCUGGCAAGUCAUUUCCCUUGUCCAAUGGGAACGAUUCCACCUUGCCUAUUUUCCAGGAGGAUCUAAAUGAGGUGCCAUACCUUUCUCUGUCGGUGCCCUGCUUUCGGGAGCCCUUCU